GCGCAGUGACGUCACGACGUCGUUUACUGACUGUGAUGGCGGUUGGAAAUUUCCUCAGAACAAAUCGGAAAGGAAGGAGAGAAAGUCAUAUACGAGAUUCUAUGCCAGCGGCGUUGUUGUUUACAGCAGUGUAGCUUACUCACUCUUGGUCCAGGGAGGGGGAUUUUGGGCACGUAUAUGUCGUGAAUGCCGUCCUUUCUUCGUUUUAUAAUAUGUGGGACGGGGACGCUUCGCAGUACGACGACAAUAAUCGGGACGAAGCAGAAGAAGACAGAGCGGAUUCGCAAAGCUAGCGAAGUACCGGGGCCACAUCCCACAACCUGCGAUAGUAGCUAGCUGGGUUUACCCAAGCCCGAGAAGACGAGGUGAUAGUCGAGAGCAACGAAUUGACAAGAAUUAGGAAGACAGAUCGUCCGGGAUGAAAUUCACGGAGCACCUCUCGGCUCACAUCACGCCAGAGUGGAGAAAACAAUACAUCCAGUAUGAGGCCUUUAAGGAGAUGCUGUACUCUGCGCAGGAUCAGGCUCCGUCCACAGAAGUGACAGAUGAGGACACAGUGAAGCGGUAUUAUGCCCGGUUUGAGGAGAAGUUUUUUCAGAGCUGUGAGAAGGAACUGGCCAAAAUCAACACCUUCUACUCAGAGAAGCUGGCUGAGUGUCAGCGGCGUUUCGCCACGCUGCAGAAUGAGCUGCAGUCGUCUCUGGAUGCGCAGCGGGAGAGCAGCGCGCCGGGGCUGCGCAUGCGCCGCAAGCCCGUGUUCCACCUGUCGCAUCAGGAGCGCGUCAAGCACCGCAACAUCAAAGACCUGCAGCUGGCCUACAGCGAGUUCUACCUCAGCCUGAUCCUGCUGCAGAACUACCAGAAUCUGAAUUUCACGGGUUUCCGGAAGAUUCUGAAGAAGCAUGAUAAGAUCCUGGAGACGGGGCGGGGAGUGGACUGGCGGGUGGCGCACGUGGAGGUGGCUCCGUUCUACACCUGCAAGAAGAUCACCCAGCUCAUCUCUGAGACUGAGGCCCUGGUCACGACAGAGCUGGAGGGGGGGGACAGACAGAAAGCCAUGAAGAGGCUGAGAGUGCCCCCACUGGGUGCAGCACAGCCUGCGCCAGCGUGGACCACCUUCCGGGUGGGUCUGUACUGCGGGGUCUUCAUCGCCCUCACCAUCGCCUUCAUCCUGAGCGGCGUGGUGCUGAUAGACAAGCCCAACGUGUGGCCGCUGGUGCGCAUUUACCGUGGCGGCUUCCUGCUGAUCCAGUUCCUCUUCCUGUUGGGCAUCAACACGUACGGCUGGCGGCAGGCGGGGGUGAACCACGUGCUCAUCUUCGAGCUGAACCCCCGAAACAACCUGUCCCACCAGCACCUGUUCGAGAUAGCGGGCUUUUUGGGGGUGCUGUGGUGUAUCAGUAUCCUGUCCUGUCUGUACUACAAGUCCAUCCUGGUGCCCAUGCAGGCCAACCCUCUCAUCCUGUACGGCUUCAUGCUCCUCUUCCUCAUCAACCCCUUCAAGACCUGCUACUACAAAUCUCGCUUCUGGCUGCUCAAGCUGCUGUUCCGUGUGUUCACCGCGCCCUUCCACAGAGUGGAGUUUGCAGAUUUCUGGCUGGCAGACCAGCUCAACUCGUUGGUGACGGUGCUGAUGGACCUGGAGUACCUGGUGUGCUUCUACAGCUUCGAGCUGGACUGGACAGAGAAGAAAGGCCUGCUCCCGGACAGCAGCAAGAGCGGCCAGGUGUGCCACAGUUAUGCGUACGGCGUGCGGGCGGUGAUCCAGUGCCUGCCGGCCUGGUUCCGCUUCGUGCAGUGCCUGCGCCGCUACCGUGACACCAAGCGUGCCUUCCCUCACCUGGCCAACGCCGGGAAGUACUCCACAACCUUCUUUGUGGUGACCUUCACCGCCCUCUACAAAACUCACAAAGCUGAGGAACACGAUGACUACCAGGUGUUCUUCUACCUGCUGAUGGUGUGUUCCGUGGUGAGCUCGUGCUACACGCUGAUCUGGGACCUGAAGAUGGACUGGGGUCUGUUCGACCGCGGCGCCGGGGAGAACACCUUCCUCAGGGAGGAGAUCGUCUACCCGCAGAAAGCUUAUUACUACUGUGCCAUAGUGGAAGAUGCCAUCCUGCGUUUCGCCUGGACCAUCCCCUUCUCCCUCAGCACCGUCAACCUCAUCACCACCAACACCAGCGACAUCCUCACCACCGUGUUGGCCCCGCUCGAGGUCUUCAGGCGGUUUGUGUGGAACUUCUUCCGGCUGGAGAACGAGCACCUGAACAACUGCGGCGAGUUCCGGGCGGUGCGGGACAUCUCGGUGGCGCCGCUCAACGCCGACGACCAGACGCUGCUGGAGCAGAUGAUGGACCAGGAGGACGGCGUGCGCAACCGGCAGGGCAAGAAGAGCUGGAAGCGCAGCUACAGCAUGUCCCUGCGCCGCCCGCGGCUCGCCUCCCAGUCCAAGACCCGCGACACCAAGGUGCUGAUCGAGGACACGGACGAUGAGGCGUACACCUGAGACCCUGCCCACUCACCUGCCAGGACCACGCCCUCUCACCUGCCAGGGACCACACCCACUGACCUGCCAGGGACCACAUCCUCUCACCUGCCAGGGACCACACCCACUCACCUGCCAGGAAUCACACCCUCUCACCUGCCAGGAAUCACACCCUCUCACCUGCCAGGGACCACACCCUUUCAGCAACUCUCACACGUACACGCACUCUCACACGCACACAUGUGCAUAUGCAGACAAAUCAGACUCCAGGGAUCAUACCUGUUUUUCAUAAAUUUCCUUUUUUUAAUGUUUUUUUUUUUUUAAUUUGUUUUUUUACACAUUUGAUUAGACUUAAAAUCACCAAGGUGAAAUCAAGCAGAAAGCAAAUGACUUUUUACUCAGAUUUGUGUGUGUAUGGAGCUCAGCAGAGAAUGAGAAAGUAAUACAAGUGAAGAGAAGAGUGACUGAACUGGACUGUGAUUCGUUCAGCAUAUUCCACUGACAGCUUGUUCGUCCUGUUGAUCUGUUUUGAUGAGGUUCUUCAUUUCGCCGUUAGGAAACAAAAAAUUCAGGAAACAAGCAUUCGCUAUAUAUAUGUACGGACACAUACACUUUAUUUGUUAUCUGUGAAUAACUUUAUUUUUUUUCUGUAUGUUUGAGAGUUUGUCUGUUUGUUUUUUUCAUUAUUAUUUAUGAAAAGGAGAAUGGCUUGAAUGUCUGUGCAAUGAAUCGGAAGCGUUUCUUGUUAAAGCUGGCCGCGGCGUCAUGUGGUCUCCCGCCAAGCGCCAAGGGCUUUAUGAAAGCGCCGUGUGGCCUGGGCGUGGUUUAGAACCAGUGAGGAAACUCCUCCCACACACAUUAGCCCCUCCCACACACAUUAGCCCCUCCCACACCGGCCGUCCCAGCCAGCGACGGCCAGGAGCUGAAGUGACACGUAGACACAGCCGUGAGCGCUAACUUACCCAGGUAUGCAGUAGCUUUGUGUUGUGUUUAUGGAUGAGGAAGCCAUUAAUGGCGUUCAGGCGCUGCGAUGCGUCUCCAGGUACAGACAGGUGUCCCCCAGCCUGGCUGUGUGUGGCUGUGCAGGUACAGACAGGUGUCCCCCAGCCUGGCUGUGUGUGGCUGUGCAGGUACAGACAGGUGUCCCCCGGCCUGACUGUGUGUGGCUGUGCAGGUAGAGACAGGUGUCCCCAGCCUGACUGUGUGUGUGGCUGUGUAGGUACAGACAGGUACAGCCAGCCUGACUGUGUGUCUGACUGUGUACGUACAGACAGGUGUCCCCCAGCCUACCUGUGUGUGUGGCUGUGUAGGUACAGACAGGUGUCCCCCAGCCUACCUGUGUGUGUGGCUGUGCUUCACUUCCUCUUCUUUUAAACUGAGGUUGUAGCUGACCCACCCUUGACUCUGUUGACUGUACUGCAGUGAUUGCGCCUCUAGCCCAGAUUAGGACCAAGAAGCAGGCGCAGUUCAUUCUGUUAGCUGUGCCUGUUAGCAAGAAGCAGGCACAGUUCAUUCUGUUAGCUGUGCCUGUUAGCAAGAAGCAGGCGCAGUUCAUUCUGUUAGCUGUGCCUGUUAGCAAGAAGCAGGCGCAGUUCAUUCUGUUAGCUGUGCCUGUUAGCAAGAAGCAGGCGCAGUUCAUUCUGUUAGCUGUGCUUGUUAGCAAGAAGCAGGCGCAGUUCAUUCUGUUAGCUGUGCCUGUUAGCAAGAAGCAGGCGCAGUUCAUUCUGUUAGCUGUGCUUGUUAGCAAGAAGCAGGCGCAGUUCAUUCUGUUAGUUGUGCCUGUUAGCAAGAAGCAGGCGCAGUUCAUUCUGUUAGCUGUUCCUGUUAGCAAGAACCAGGUGCAGUUCAUUCUGUUAGCUGUGCCUGUUAGCAAGAAGCAGGCGCAGUUCAUUCUGUUAGUUGUGCCUGUUAGCAAGAAGCAGGCGCAGUUCAUUCUGUUAGCUGUGCCUGUUAGCAAGAACCAGGUGCAGUUCAUUCUGUUAGCUGUGCCUGUUAGCAAGAACCAGGUGCAGUUCAUUCUGUUAGCUGUGCCUGUUAGCAUGGCUGCAGUCUCAGCCCCUCCCACUCGCUGAGGGGCUGCCAUCACCUGCUCACUGAAGUACACUUUCCUGAGGGUUUGUGUUUUCUGCUCGAGUGUUAAAUCCUCCUGUGCAGCAGGUGCGUUCUGUAGUGUAGCGGAGAGGCAGUGGGCCGUCUGUGUGUGAAACAGUCACAUUCUGCUCCUCUGAUGCACAAGCGAAUCCUCUCUUCUCACCUGUCUGUCAAUGGCAGAAGGUUUUCAGGCUUGUGAGUUGGGUCAUGGGGGGUGUGUCCAUGUGAGGCAAUGGGCGGGGUCAGCAGGUGACAGACAGGUCAACAGGGUAGGGCCCUGUUCACAGGAGUAGAUUUGGCUCCAUGUAGUAGUCAUGGGAACCUGUUGAAGACCUGUCGCUCAGCAAGUUUAUUUAGUGCACGCCCCCACACACUGACUUCCGCUCACACAGAUGUCCCAUGGUCAGUAAAAAUGUGCAUGUUUUCCCCUGAGAAAUGUUCUCCUGUGCUAAUAGCUUGCCUUACUGUUAUUUAGCAUUUGUUUUUUUGUUUUUUUUAACAGCAAACUUUUAAACUUCUUGUUGAUCGGACCAGGUGAGAGUUGUCAUCUCGUGCACCUGUCAUAAACAGGAGCUAGAACAAUAUUCCAAAAAUAAUCCAAAGCAAUUUUAAACCAAUUUAAAAAACCCAGAGAAUUAUGAGAUUCUGAAGCUCCACCAUUCCUAUACAUUCCUUAUAUGGUCAUUACAUCCUGUGGGUAUUUAUUGCAAUAUUUAUUCCUGUUGUAAUGUUGAUACACUGCGAUGCAUGCUCGGUGGCUCAGUCAUGCUGAACAGUGACGGCCGUCCACUCCCUCCCCAGCCUGUGCUUGUGGGGGCUGUUUAUUUCACUCAUUUUAGCUCCUUGUUGUGUUGAGUCCAGCCCAUGUUAUAAUGCAGCCUACCUGGGGCCAGCCUCAGAGUUCUGCAGCAGGACAGGUCACCUGUGUUAACCUGUUCCAAAACGCUUUGCAUACUGUCCUGUCUGAAGAGUGUCUGUGUGCGGCUCCACCCACCCGUGUGUCAGUCGUGAGUUUUAGGCCAACUUCUCUGGAGCGUGUAGAAACCCCGCCCCUCGUGAUGUCAGAGUUCUGAAGAAACCCCACCUGUUAUGACAUCAAGGUUCUGAGACUCACAACAGAGAAUUGAAGUCCACAUCUAAUGUGUCCUUCCAGUUGUCGAACUCAGUGUUGCUAAGUCUCAACUGUCCCCCUUCCCAUCGUCUUUAUUUCUCGGUUUAGUUUGCGUAACGUUUUGCCAUUGCGUUCAUUGGUAACAGCCCAGAGAUGUAAAGCUGGGAUUGGUCCAUUUGAAUAUGUCGGUUCUUUUUUAAAGUGUGGUGAACGUGCUCUUGUUGCUAUGCACUCGGAGGAACAGGGAGGCUUACUAAGGAAGCGUUUUUCUUCUCUUGUGAAGAUGCUGUUUGGCUGUGGGGGUCAUUCCAGAGGGGGGGGGGGGGACGUGGUCUGUGCUAAUGGCAGCAUGCUAACCACCAAUUUAUCUCUGCUCACCACUGCUCAGGGGUUCAGCUGAGCUACGGGAAACAGGCUUUACAGCAGCAGGUGUACAGUAGCAGCAAUGCUAACCUGUUCAAACAGGCUUUGUAGCGCACGUACAGUAGCAGCAAUGCUAACCUGUUCAAACAGGCUUUGUAGCGCACGUACAGUAGCAGCAAUGCUAACCUGUUCAAACAGGCUUUGCAGCGCACGUACAGUAGCAGCAAUGCUAACCUGUUCAAACAGGCUUUGUAGCGCACGUACAGUAGCAGCAAUGCUAACCUGUUCAAACAGGCUUUGUAGCGCACGUACAGUAGCAGCAAUGCUAACCUGCUCAAACAGGCUUUGUAGCGCAAGUACAGUAGCAGCAAUGCUAACCUGUUCAAACAGGCUUUGUAGUACAUGUACAGUAGCAGCAAUGCUAACCUGUUCAAACAGGCUUUGUAGUACAUGUACAGUAGCAGCAAUGCUAACCUGUUCAAACAGGCUUUGUAGUACAUGUACAGUAGCAGCAAUGCUAACCUGUUCAAACAGGCUUUGUAGUACAUGUACAGUAGCAGCAAUGCUAACCUGUUCAAACAGGCUUUUCAGCGCACGUACAGUAGCAGCAAUGCUACUCUCAGAGGAAGCUGCGGAAUGGUGCUAUACUGACUGCUUGGGAGCUGAUCUUCUACCAGAGAGGCUUCAGCCAAGUCACUUUCCUUUGAAUUCAGCUACAUCCACACACAUUCACAGGUGUGUGUGUGUGUGUGGGGGGAUGUGUGUGUGUGCUUGCAUGUGUGCUUGUGUGUACGUGUGUGUGCUUGAGUGUGUGUGUGCGAGCGUGUGUGCUUGUGCAUGUGUGUGCUUGCGUGUGUGUGUGCGUGUGUGCUUCCAUCCCCAUAUAUGAAGCUAUUGCCCAUCACACUCCCUCUCUCACCUUAACCACACCCAUCUCAUGUCUGUCCACAUGCUGCUUUUAUAUUUUUUCCAGCAUGUACCUGUGUUCUAUAAUUAUGUGGAUGUGUAAUUAAUGCCAGUAAACAUGGGCUUGUGGUCUUGAUCACUGCUUUAUGCACACACACACAUACACACACACUCACACUCACAUAAAAUGGAGCACUCCUGUUAUUUUAUUUUUCUUGGAUUUGUCUUGAAAGAUGUCAGCAAAUAUGCAAAGUGACCAGUGUCCUCAUGUUCCAUGGCUCCUCCCCCUUCCCCCGGGGUAUGAAAAGGGGGGGGGGAGGCGAAAGCAGGUGAAAAAGCGAGCAGGUAAACGGGGGAGACACCUGCAGCGCUCCAUACAGGUGAAUCACUCGCGGGGUUCACACAGGUAAUGACUGAACACACCCGACCAGGGAUGAGCUGAGCAGCUUUGAGCUGAGCGGUCAGUGCUGCAGUCCCUCUCUAAGCCAAAUGACUGGACUCCGUGCUACAGAAUCCGCCCAAAUGGACAUUUUUAUUUGGGGGGUGGGGUGGGGGGGUGGUAUGUGUAAAAAAUGUUCCCUGUAUCUCUACUUCUUUAUUUUGAUGUACUUUUUUUUUGUUUCGUUUUUUUCACACAAAUCGUUGUGACGGUGUCUAGUUUAGAGACGAUAGAUUGUACUUAAGCUUUUUUUCUUUUCUUUUUUAAUAGCAAAUAAAUUGUUAUAUGGCUGUGUGUUUAAGGAAAUAUACAGAAAGUUGGGUAUAAAAACAUAAGGAACAUGUCUUAAUCACCUUUUACAUGUAGUGUGUAAAUGUUAAGUGUACUAUGCUGUAAUCCGAACGCUAUACUGAUGGGAGAUUGUUGUGUAUACAUGUUGGUCAUCCUGAAUUAUCUUGGUUUUAUAAACCACUCUGAUUUAUAAAGGUUGAGACAUGCUUCUCUGCUUUUUCGUGUGGGCUGUAAGUGACAAAUAUUACACCUGUACAUAUAUAAAAUAUAGAAAAGGUUAAAAUCUCCAAAAAGGGGAUAUUUUCAGUCCAUUAAAAGAUAUCUAAACUC